ACCGUUGCGAAAACAAAGGCGGGCAUUUAAGCCUGAACAACGAUCGAUAACACAAAAAGUACAGCAGAACAGAAGAAAUGGCGGUGUGUAACUCACUCUCACUCUCCCUCUCAGUUCUCCAUGACAAUUCGGUCCCAAAACUCAGCUCCAAUCCUUCACAAACCAGAGCUAAGGUUUUGAUGAAACUCAAAGCCAUAGCUUCCACACCCACCAAAUUGUACGGAAGAAACUCGGGCAAGAGUCGCAGCCCCACCAAGAGAAACGCUGGACUAUCUGCGAUUGAGCCCGAUCUUAACGAAGACCCAGUUGACCGUUGGCGCACCAACGGCGUUGACCCUGAGGAUUUUGAGUAUGGGAUAUAUGAUGGGCACCACACGUACAACGAAGCCGAAGAAAUAAAAGGAACUUUUUGGGGAGCAAUAGCAGAUGAUAUUGAAGCUGUAGGAACUCCUACAGGUUUUCAGGGGUUUAUUUCAUGGCUCUUCCUCCCAGCAAUUGCUGCUGGGAUGUUCUUCCAAGUUCCGAUGGUGUACUUGUUCAUCGGAGCUGGUAUUUUUACAACUGUAUUUACCAUAAUUGAGAUGGAUAAGCCUGAUAAGCCUCACAACUUUGAACCUCAAAUAUACAAUAUGGAGAGAAAAGCUCGUGACAAGUUGAUAGCAGACUACAAUACCAUGAGCAUAUGGGACUUUAAUGCGAAAUAUGAGGAUGUCUGGGAUUUCACUGUACCAAAAAAUGACAUAUUAGAGAGAUAACUUUUCCUUAGCAUAUUGCUUUGUUAUGAGAAUUGAUAACCAACAAUUUUUUUUUUUUGGAGAAACAAUUGAUAACCAACAUAAGUAUGAAAGGUAUAGUUCUUUUUUCUA